CGACAGUGGGUCGCGAGGCUCAGGAGUGUAAACAAGAGGAGUCCUUUGGGGGGCGCAUGCGCCCGGGGACCCCGCCCUGUCGCGAGGGGAGAAAUUUUCGAAGGCUGUAGUUUCUCUGGUCUCAGUACGCGAAUGCACUCGCGACCCGCGGGACGCCGAGUCCUCGUAAAACGAUGAUAAAUUAUUGAAACCAGAGUUAUACCGCCGCUUAUGUCAUUCGUAUCAGUGACAAGUUUAUUACGGAAUCGAUCCGCAUGUGUGCACGAGGCGUUUGUCACGGAUGGACAAGUGCAGCGCGACGAUAUUCGAGGAGGAGGAUGAAUUGAAAGGAGGCCCGUUGCUCCGAUAAACGAAUAGAGUCAAAUUUGUAGCGAAAUAGGAAAAAAAAAAAAAAAAAAAAAAAAAAAAAUGGAAAUAAUUGACAACGAGUAGUUUUUUCAACCCGCAGCAGCGUCGCAGUCGAAGUUUAAUAGAAAAGAAAAUUCAUUUUUAUUCGCUACACGUCGACCGCGCGCGUUAUAAUAUCGUGCGAUGAUCGCGUGUCUGACCGAUGAAAACGCUUCUGUACGUUGAGAAGAGCGGAAAAAAUAAAAUAAAACAAAAUAAAACAAUAAUCCACGUCGUAUCCUGCCAACUGUACGUAGCUUUAAAGUAUAGACGAUAUAUUUUUUAAAUUUGAGCAACGUAGAUGAAACGGGAAAAAAACAAAACGAGAAACGUAAUUUGAAAGGAGAAAAAACUGCGUCGAAUAACCUCCUUCGAUAUAAUUCAACCGUAGCGAAGUUUAGGGAAAAUCAGGGGGUGACGGUUUAAAGAAAUUCGCAAGCAUGCCGCCGUCGGUGAAUCGAUAUUUCAAAUACCCGACGAGUUAACGAAAGCUUUUACUCAGAAAAAGAAAAUAUUAACCUUCUCAAUCGAGAUGAACGAGAUGGAGAAGAAGGAUUCAAGGAAAGGGCCGAAAAAAACCCUUAACGAAGCUGUGUAACCGCUUUCGAACAGCCGCGGUUGUGUACGAAGUUACGAGGAGCGAAAAAAGGAGGUGGAAAAAAUCGAGAGGAUGACGAGGCAGCGGAAGCCAUCCGUGUGAAUUAUUUUUUAAUCAAGCCGCCCCCGUUCACGUUCAAGCCAAUACUUAGGUACGCAACGUAUACGUGUAUGUAUGCAUACAAGAUCUUGGAGCAUCUUGAAAUCCUCUUAACGUUGAUUAAAAAAUCAUAAAUCAAAUCGCCGAACCGCCCACCUCGUUGAUUGGCGCUAUAUCGAAUCAUGCCCUCGAUAAUAAUUUUUCAUCCCGUCGGAAUAUAACGUACCUGUGUAUACACGUAUACGAGUAUACGAUCCUCGCGGAUCUCGAUCAAGCAUCGUUAAACUUAUCGAAAUGAGCGGGUGAAAAGGAUCGCUUUCUUUCAAAACACGACGCGCGAUAUCCUUGAUCGAGGGACGAACAAUCGAAACCGAAAGGCCUAAUUAUGCCCGACGACCUAAUUGCGGUAUCGGACUAUCGUAAGAACACGUCGACCUAAGAAACGAGAAGAAGAAGAAGUAGGAAAAUUUACAAGGCGAUAAGAGUUUGAAGGCGAGAGAUAAAAAAUAAGGUAAAACAACCGAGUUCCCGCCCAAAAGAGAAGCGACCGAAAUCGGAGUCCCUUGAUUCAAAUGAGUCCUCCGACAUCGGCGAAAGGAUCGGCGUCGAGCCAAACCACGUAACGACGCGUCGACGGGAAAGAAAGGCUGCGGUGUUAUGCGUGGCAGCAGCUCGGAGCUUUUGCUUGACUCGAGUGCGGCUCGCGAGAGUGAAAAGUACGAGAUUCAGCAGCAAGAACUACGACGUCGCAAGCUGUUCGAGCUCGGUUUCGGGGCGUCGCGGCGCCGACCGCCUCGGCGAACCUGCCGUCAGCGGUUCAACUUCUACGCGACGUCGGCUCUGGCCCUCGUGGCGACAUCCGGGGGAGCGGCCCUCCUCUUCCUCGUGCCCCUCUACGUCGACCCGGCAAUCAGCACCCUGGCCGCGGACUUUUCACCCCAUCCUGUAACCUGCACGACCUCCCGACGCGAGGACCUCGCCGGUCUUUUCAACUGUUCCUGGAGCUCUUGCCGCGAGGGAUGCACCAGCGACGUCUACAGGUGCACCCACAUCUACGUCACCUACGCACCCUGGAACAAUUCGUCGUCCGGGAAUUAUUCCGGCGAGGAGAUCGACGCGGGAACGUCGCCCCCGGUCGACCUCGGAACGCCAGCCACGGAUCUCGUCGGCGAGGUUGAGGCGAUACUGAUGGUUAACAUAAAGGGAUGCGGCUACCCGCCGAUAGUCGACUGCGAAAACUUCACCAAGGAGCUCGGCUUCGAGGGAUCCAAGUUCCCCUGCCACUACAGUCGCGUUAACGGGAGUAUAGUGAUGGCCGACUACAAUCGUGAGGCCCAAAUCGCGACGAUUAUGCACUUCUUUGCCGCACCAUUCGUAGUGACUUUGGCCACCAGUGUUGCUCUUUGUGUUAUGCAUUGUGACUGCAGAUGUGCCGCUCCUCCGAGACACCCUCAGAGAACCAUGCGGAGGCCCAGGAUCGACGAUCUCAGCGAUCACUCGAUAAGCAACAGGGUCGAUCGGCGGGGUCACGUGCCACACUGCGAAUGCGGUGACGUAACGAGGCCCUUAUGACGUCACGAGGAGACGGCGGAAAGCGUCCUGCCGACGUCGCAGUCCGAUCUCUAGGACACGAGGUGGAGCGACCUUCUGCACUCCGUCCUUUCCGCCUCUCCGGAAUUCUACCGACAUUUCAACGUACGUAUGAAGAAUUUCACCUGCAAGCGUCUACGCCCUAUGAUUAAUCAAGAUUUUCCGUUUCCCGUUUCAUUUUACUCGCGUUGAUUGUAAUACACUUGCCUUUACUGUAAUUCAGCCGGUCCGAAUUAGUUAUUCGAUUUGCGAGAUCAAUUGAACAUACGAUUAAACGAUGCGGAAAAAUGCUUUUUUUUUUUCAAGUUGCUAAUUUCGCCAACCGGUAACCGGAUUUUCAUUCAACUUCAGACGCGUCCUAAUUCGUGGAAGUUUUCAUCUAUAGAAAACGACGAAAUAUGAUCUAUAAAGUCGCUGCGGUUGUAUUUCGGUAUUAUUCGUAAAAAUUCCUGACAGAAGAUAUUAUUUCACGUCGCGGUGUUACACGAGAAAUUUCGCGAGAUCAAAUCUGGUACGCGUAAUAACUUCGUAUCCGCAAACAUGCAGGUUAGCGGGGAGAUAAUAAACUGCCCAGCAGUUUGAGAAUGAAAUAAAAAACAAGAGAAGCUGGAACAAACUAAACUAAAAUCUCUGCAGCGACUUGUGAUAUAGAGUUUCGUAAAACUUGAUCUCAUCCCUUCGCUGUUGUAAUUGAAAAAAGAAAGUAAUUUUGCAAUGGAUACGCGGAAAGCUUUGUCAUUUUCUCAUUUUUCAAUUCUUUUUUAUUACUAUUAUUAUAAUUAUUAUUAUUGAGUGCGUAAAGGAAGUGUAUAAUAUAUAUGUAUAUUAUAUUGUUACAUGAUAAUGUUGCGCAAGAAUCGCGUAUAGUGAUGAGUAUGAUAAAGAAAAAUGAAAAAUUGUUGAAACAUAUGUAAGAGGUAACAAAAUAGCCGUCUAUAUAAAUAAUACGUAUAAAACGUAAGUUAACGGUAGUUAUAGGAUAUUACAUAAAAGCCUACGAGGGGAUUGAUUGACUUAUCGAAGCUGCAUAGAAGGGAGAUUGGAGCAAUAUAAUAACAAUAAUAAUAACAACAACAACAAUAUAGCUACGGUGUAUGAAAAAAAAAAAAAAAAAGAAAAACAAAAAUAAAAUAGCUCUGUAUUCUAUACUGUAUCUCUAUAUCUAUAAAUAUUAUUAUAGUGUAGAGGUGUAUGGGCUGUGUCUCGACUGACGAUGGACCAAAUCGAUACAGUUUUUUUAUAGGAAUUGCGAGUUGGAGAAAAAUUUAAACAAAAUAAUAAUAAUAAUAAUAAUAAUAAUAAAAAGUGAAAAGAGAAUAGUUAAUGGUGAGAUCAUCCCUAGAUUAUUCAACCUUACAGGAAUAACACAUCAGGCAUCAUUUUCUAUUAACCGGGAAAUUUUUCCAUUUCCUUUCGGAUGAUUUAUUUACAUGGAAAUUGCAGCGUUUGUUCCAGUUUUUUUCAGUUUUUUUUUUUUUUGUUUUGCUUUUUUCUUUUCCGUAUGAGCUUGAUUCUUAGGAAAACGUCGUGAAACUAAAACUCCAUUCUUGAAUAAAAUAUCUACCAUCUCUACGCGAGUUGAUACAAUAUUGAUGAGAAUUACGGAGAAGGGUGGAAGAAGAUAGAGGAACGAAUUUAUCCCAGCAUUUUGCAGACCCUUAAAAUCUCUACGAAACCGCGGAGCUCGGAUUAAACAUUUAAACAUAUCUUUUGGGGGUUUUUUUUUUCUGAGAAAAUCAUUAUUUUUGACGAGAGUUUUCAACUUUUUAAAUCGAAAAAUGGAUUUUUUCUCACAAGAAACUUGCGUUUUUUCUUCAAGAUCAAUUUAUAACCCCGUUGAAUAUAAUCGUCUGCGGAUUGUGAAACAAAAACGAUUCACGUUUCACGCAAUUACUCGUAUACUUUAUAAUUUAUGAAAAUCAACUGUAAAUUUUUUUAAAAAUUCGAAUUUACCGAAUGACUCGUUUUCAAUACAUAACGUAACGAUUAAUUAUGUAAGCGCUAUAAUGUAGCAUAAGUUUACACAAACGAUUUAUAAAAUACACUAAAUAUUGUAAUAGUGAAAUUAUUCAGCCAAUAUCUGUAACAAAUCACAAUGUUGAGGCGAUCAAUUCUGAGGAAUUCCAAAAUCUAAAUUGUCAACUGCUCAUUUAUCCAUUUCCGUUGAGAAUUCGGAGAAAUGCAGCUUAAUCGUCGAUAUUACGCAUUGCAAAGUGGAUUAAUCGUUGUAACUAAAUACAUAAACCUACAAUAUUUUACCGAAAAGGGCCUGGAUGUCAUUUUUGUAUAUAUCCUAACGACUAACAUACACAUGUAUGUAUAUAUAGAUAUAUACGUAAAUAUAUACAUGUACGCAUACAUACGUGAUAGAUGAUAGAAAGUGAAGAAAUAAAUAAAUCGAUUAUAAGCGAAUGAAUAUUAACCGAAAAUUAUGAACAAACGUAAAACGAUUUAACAGGUGUAGAAGAAGAUAUUCCUAAUGGAAAAUAAACAUGGUACGUUAAAAAAAAAAAAUAAUAUACACGCGAAUAGAAGAGAAAGACAGAAAAAAAGAAAAACAAAGAGCAGAAUAUAAAAGAUAACGAAUUAAAUAAAUUGAUAAAUGAUAUAUUUAAAGCAUAGAUCGCGCGUCACGUCGUUUAAGCCGCAUGUGUUUAUGCUAUGUAUGUAAUAUUUGAAUUAAAAUUAUAAUACGCGUAGGUGUAAACGGUAUAAGCAAAGGUUACGCUGUAUAAGUAAUUAAAAGAAAUGAAUAAACUACCUAGUGCACGCGACAAUAUACUUAGGCGCCGUUUUUCAACUUGGAAAGCAGGUAAAAGGACAAAAAAAUAUAUAAAAAAAAACAAACGAGUAAAAAAAGAAAAAUGAACGAAACUGAAGUAAAAUUGAAAUGGAGCGAAAAAAAAAAAAUAAAUAAAAAACCAAAAAAAAAAAUAAAAAUAAAAAUAUAAAUAUAAAAAAAAUAACAGAGAUAAGAUUUAAAACGAAAAGAGUAGGAUAAAAAGUAACGUUAUGACGCGAUAGUAAUUAUAUAUAUAUAUAUAAAACAUGAAGAAUGUGAGGUCAGGUUUAAAAAUAGGAAAAUUCCCUAACCCCGCGAAACGUUCUACGACAUACAUUAUAUUCGGUAAUUGCGCGCUUUGCCUUUGACAUUUUCCUUCUUUGUCCACUGUGCGCGUACAGUAUCACAUGAUAUUAUCAAAAAUUCUUCAUCCUCCGACGCGUUCGCAUGCAACGUAUAAUAUAAUCCCUCGGACACUUGCGUCACCGUUUUAACAAUAUCCGUGCUUAUUUUCGACGUAUUCCCUGCUCUGUGAAACAUUUUUUAUCACCGCAAUGCUAAAUCCUGGAAAAAGAUUUAUCAUCGCCGUUUCGGAUAUUCUCCAAAGAAUUUUCACCCCCGUAAAACAUUACGAUCAAUUGUUACAGACGUAUGAAAAUUUUAUACCCGCAUUAACGUGUAACAAGAAAUUGAAAAACAAGUUCACCCGUAUGUUUCGUCACAGACGGACGUUUAUAUGCCACCUUACCUAUAUUGAAAUUAUUACAUAUUGUACGAUCACGUUUGAGUGAAUAUAUUAUACAAGUUUAAAAUGCGUGGAACACGGAGAAUUAAUUUUUUCAAAAGUCCGAGAUUCUCUUGGCUCGUAUUGUAUAUAAUAUGAUACGUUUGUGAGAAAAAGAAAUUAAAAAAGAAAAAACAAAAAACAAAAAAAGAGGAAGAAAAAUGUACGAGAUAAACGAGUGAGGGUGGGAUGAGGGAGGGGUGGAAAAAAAAGCGAACAAAAAAAAAUUCAACUCAAAGUGAAUUAACAUGCGGGAUUAUGAGACAAAAAUGGCUGAGUAUGUAACUAAACACGCGACGCAAUGGCCGAAUUUCAACGCGAGUGUAUUACGGUAAUUAUUAGACGAUACUAACGAAUAUUAUAUAUUUGUGCUGUUAAAUAACGAUGCAAUCCGCGAAUGCAUAUCAAUUAUAUAUAUAUAUAUGUAUACAAUAAUCAGAAUAUUAUAUUUUAUCCUCACGAUUAAUUAUCAGUAACAAGUUACGCGUAUAAUACGUUAUUAAUUGUAAUAAAUUAUUAAGCGAGUUUUGACCGCCUUCGCUUGCGAAUUGUAUUAAUUAUCAAUAAAUUGCUGAAAUAUCGAUAAAAAUCCGUGAAUACGUUUCUAAUUGCGAUAGAUAAAACGAAACGCGAAAAAAUGUAUGAAACAAAAAACAAGGAACAAAAAAAAAACAAACAAAAAACGUAGAACCGAUGCGAAUCCAAUCUUAAAAUAAUCACGUGCAUAGGUAUAAAUAAUUGUACACGAUACGCGAAAUACGAUAGCUGCCGGAAUCACGGUUAGGUAAAAAAAAAAAAAAAAAGAAAAAAGAUUAGGAAAAAAAAAGAAUGUAACGAGUCGACGGGUGGAGAGUGAGAAGAAAAAACCGAGAGAAACCGCUUUCGAUCGUAAA